AUGGGAUGGUCGAAUUCCGUGAACUUGGAUUGUCGGGCGUCUUCCAGAACUGAAUUGACAGAAAAUUCCGAAAAAAUCGGAAAAAAAUCUCAGAAAACCCUCAAAAAUCUUGAAAACCCGAAUUUCAGCCAAAAAUUGUGUAUUCCAGAGUUGGAGAUUGAAUUGGAUGGUUCGAUUUUGGUUAAACUAUAUUGUAGAGCGACUUCCAGAACUGAAUUGACAGAAAAUUCCGAAAAAAUCGGAAAAAAAUCUCAGAAAACCCUCAAAAAUCUUGAAAACCCGAAUUUCAGCCAAAAAUUGUGUAUUCCAGAGUUGGAGAUUGAAUUGGAUGGUUCGAUUUUGGUUAAACUAUAUUGUAGAGCGACUUCCAGAACUGAAUUGACAGAAAAUUCCGAAAAAAUCGGAAAAAAAUCUCAGAAAACCCUCAAAAAUCUUGAAAACCCGAAUUUCAGCCAAAAAUUGUGUAUUCCAGAGUUGGAGAUUGAAUUGGAUGGUUCGAUUUUGGUUAAACUAUAUUGUAGAGCGACUUCCAGAACUGAAUUGACAGAAAAUUCCGAAAAAAUCGGAAAAAAAUCUCAGAAAACCCUCAAAAAUCUUGAAAACCCGAAUUUCAGCCCAAAAUCGUGUGAUCCGGAGUUUGAGAUUGAAUUGGAUGGUCGAUUUUCGUGA